AUGGACACACACCUCGACUUGCUCGAAGGAUUAGGGCCUCCCGGCGCGACACGACGCCCCACGCGAAGAGUCAAGUCGAUCGAGCGGACUUGGGCGUGGGUCCGGUCUAGAUCCAGCGUCUAUGGCGAGCAGGCACUCAUGGGCCUCGAGGCUGCCAACGAGGAGGAGCGACGCGCGUUCGAGAUGGGACGCCCGCUCACAAUUGCCUCUUCGGCCCAGAUCCCCGACAUUCUCGAGGUGGCCACUCCUGUUCGAAGACAGUCUGCCGCCGAUGUCGAUCCAGAAGAGAGGAGGCGACGCCGGCAAGGGUUGACACCCGAGUCGCUGAGACCGCCUCCUCGACCGCGAACCGUCUCGCGCUCCCAGACCACUCCUCUCUUCACGACCACAUCUGGCCCCUCACCACCGGGCCCAAGCUCGACCGCGAGCUCUCCAACGCCCAAGCCGAACGGGACACCGCGUCAACGACCACGUCCCAUCAACAGCAAACCACCACCAGCUGCUGCGAUCGCACUUGCGACCGCAACAGCUUCCAACCCCGCAUCACCUUCCUCCUCCACCACCUCGAGCGCGCGCACUCCGGUGCAGUCAAUCAACGACAUUGUUAAAAGGCAUUCCUCCGCUCUCACUCUCGCGCAAGAACACGUCAAGGACCGCGCGAGGCUAGAGCUAUCCACCAAACCGAGCAAGCUCGGGACACCAAAGCAAAACCGGCUCGCGGAGCCAGUUCUGCCGGUGCGAGAGGAACCUUCCGAUAUCGACGACGAAGCCUACGACUACGUCGAUCAGGAAGCCCCGCCUCCGCCUUUGCCUCCCAAACAGCAGCGAUACCUGCAUAGUCGCGAGCCCAGUAGAGGAUCGCUGGGAUCGUUCAACUCUUCAGACACAGACAGCGUUGUUCGAGACUUUCGACUGGCACAGGCGGCGUACGACCAGCUAUCCGCCAAGGAGCUCCGCGCACCCAUCGCAACCCCUCCUCCCAUUAUCCAUCCACCCACCCCCACUCGCAACAACAUUUUCUCCCCCACCCCAGAUCACUCGCCCAGGGCGGGCCACAACCGCGAGCACCUCAUCCACAGUCCGGACCCGGAUUCGUUGUCCAGACAAAGGUCUGCGACCUCGUUACUGCGCCCCAAUUCGGCUUCUCCGCGGCCAAACACGUCCGACGACGACGCGCGAGAAAUUGCAAUGUACCUGCGCUCUCCGCACCUGAACCGCAUCAUGCACCUCCCACGACCGUUCCCCGAGCGCCCGCUGCAGGUGUCGUUUGCCGACCUCGGCAAGCCCGACGGCCGGCCAGUGGUGGUGUUCUUGGGUCUGGGUUCGGUGCGGUACCUCGUCGCGAUCUACGACGACCUUGCACGUGCGCUUGGCCUACGUCUCAUCUGCAUCGACCGCUGGGGCCUGGGCAAGACCGACCAGGUGCCGCAGGACCGCCGUGGCCUUCUCGACUGGGCGGACGUGGUGCGGCAGGUUCUGGACGAAUUGGGUAUCAACCGCUUCCAGAUGAUCGCACACAGCGCCGGAGCGCCUUACGCACUUGCGACGGCGCUCAAGAUGGAGCGCCGCAUCCACGGCAAGAUCCAUCUCUUGUCGCCGUGGGUCGGAGGCGAUGUGGAAGGCUACAAGUGGCUCAAGUGGGUGCCGAACGGCGUGAUCAAGUCGGCCCUUGCGGCCGAAUGGCGCCUGGAAUCGUAUUUCCUUGGCAAGGCGCCAUCGCUCAAGGCGAACGGCAAGACGAACGGCAGGGCAGGCACUCCUGGGAGAAAGGACGGCGACACGUCGACGACCUCGUUAAACACAGAUGACAUGCGCUCGCAAUCGUCUGUGAGUGACCUGCGCGUGGCCGACAGCCUCGACGGGUUCUCCGACGACCUCUCGCACGCCCUACCUGGGAAUUACCAGCCAUCGGUGUCGCCGAUCACGGCUUCGCCCGCCUUCGCACACGCACUCGUGCAGGCCAACCACGCCGAGUCGCUCUCCGGCACGACGGCCGACUUGCUCUCGGUAGUGCUGGGGCGCGACGCCAAGCCGUGGGGCUUCAGCUAUACCGACAUCCGGCAUCCAUGCAAGAUCUGGUACGGCGCCGAGGACGAGCGUGUAAGCGAGAAGAGCAUGCGCUGGAUGGAGCGCGCGAUGGACGCCGAGCUCAUCGUCGUCCAGGAAGAGGGACAUAACCUCAUGAGCUCGCGGACAGUCAUGUAUGACGUCCUGGACUCGAUCGCGGAGGACAUCUAA